AUGAAUCCUCUGCCGGUUCUCCACGAUGGAGUAAGAGCAGCUGAUCUAGACAUUGUCUCGAUCCCUGGACUUCCAACACUCCACCCACGGUACAAGUGGAAGGACCACAACCAAUGGCUUCGAGAGGUGCUCAGUCAUCGCGUGCCUCAGGCCCGGAUUAUGGCCUUCCAAUACGAUUUUGGCAAUGAAUCGCAGGGAGUUGCAUGGAUGCAACUCAUGCAGCAUGCAGAAGGGCUUCUUUAUAGUCUAAUUCACCGGAGAGAAGGGGUCGAAUCGCGCCCCAUCAUCUUUGUUUGCUUCAGUUUUGGGGCUUUUAUUCUCAAAAGAGCAAGUGCACUGCUACUUGCAAAAGACCAACGUGCCUUUCGAAGUAUACUCGACAUGACUGGAGGUAUCGUAUUUCUUGGCUGCUUGAACAACGAGACAAGGCCUAAUUUUGAGGACCUUUGCCUCAAAUGCGCCGCGGUCGAGAUGGGUGUAUAUAAAAAGGACCGAGUCAUUGAAAAUCUCCGCCAAGACAAUCGCUGGACCUUCGUCAAAGAGGUCAUGGAAGACUUUAGGGGUUUGAAUGGCCCAUUUCCUGUUCGUAUCUUAUUUGAACUCAACCCAAGCAACAUCGGUAGUCGACAAUUUGUUGUGAGAACUAUGAAACAGGAAUGUUUAUGUUCUGAGCAAGUGUCACGCUUAGGUUGGGAUAGUGAACAGUUGGUUCCUGUCCAAAAGAAUCACGCCGAGCUUACCAUGUAUCCUCAAAGAAGCGACGACGACGACUAUUUUCAAUUGUUUAUGAAGACGCUCUCCGAAAUGAUCGAAGAAGUUGUGCCUAAAUCCGUUAUGCUCUCUGAGGAACUGACUGCCAGUAAUGGCUCGAAAAGCGUACUCAGCCUAGCCUUUUCCUCUGACGACGAUGUCGUAUCCCUCUUGACGGCCCCAAGGCCGGACUUAAAUGUGCCCAGCGGAGUAAAUAUUCCCUGUUUUGUCACCUGGCCGUACGAAGAAAAUCCGAAUUUCAUUGGAAGAGAAAAUGAACUGGAAAGGAUUCAUACCAAGCUCUGUCCAAUUAAUGGCAGUGACCCUCAACAAAGAGUCUUUGCACUGACUGGGUUGGGCGGCAUGGGUAAGACGCAAAUUUCGGUCAAAUAUGCAUUCAAAUACCGAAACGACUACCAUAUCGUGCUGUUGGCGCACGCCGACGGCCAAUCUAAACUUGCGGAGAGCUUCUCCUUAUUUGCUGAUAAGCUUGGACUGGGCGCGGGGAUGUCUCCUAUCAAAGCGAAACAGGCACUUUUGAAUGAGUUUUGGCCUUGCAAGUCACAGGGAUCCGUAUUGAUCACAUCUCGAGACCAUACUCUGGUGAGAACGUUCACUGGCAUGGAACUGGUUGAGAUGACUGAGCCUAGUGCUGUGGACUUGCUCCUUCGCCUCGUUCAAUUCGAUAAGAAUGUACUUGAUGAUGCCGAUGCCGCCGAAGAGGAGAUUGCCGCCGAGAAGAUCGUGAAGCGGUUAGGGUUUCUUCCCCUUGGAAUUAGCCAGGCUGCCACGUUGAUUAUCAAUGACUCGUGCUCUCUGGCAUCUUUUCUUGAGGACUACACACUGCGAGAGCUAGUUGAAGACUCUGGUGCUUUACAAUUGGAGAGCCCUAAAGACGGCUACAAGUAUACUCUGAGGACAGUAUGGAACAUGAACUUCGAAAUUUUAACGAAGGACCAACAGAGUUUGAUGAAGCUCAUGUCAUUUUUGGACCCAGAUAGGAUUCAGCUGUGGGUUCUUAAAGAUGGCCUCCUGAAGCCGCAAGUAUCUGACAUUGAUUUUAUACGCUCACCAUACAAUCUCAGCAAGUGCAGAGCUGGCUUGUUACACAGCACAUUGGUUUCUCAGAGCCGGAAUGGCCGGGAACUGCGGAUGCAUCGGCUGGUUCAAGCAUACUGUCAACUGAGAAUGGACAUUGAAGAGUCCCGGAAGAACUUUCGGAGUGCCAUCAAUCUAAUCCAAACUGUCUGGCCAGUUCCUAACAGGGAGAAGGUCCAUAAUCCAGCAUUUUGGAAGAAGCAACGUGAACUGCUUCCCCAUGUGCAAAAGCUAUGCGAGUUUUACGUCAAGUCGUGUGAGAACGGCCAGCCACUGAUUCCCUAUACGGAGGUCAAUUGGAAAUUCGCUUCUGUACUAUAUGAAGCUGGAUGGUUUUGUUACGAAAGCGGAUUGCUGGAGUCGGUGUCGGAACUCCUCGUUCCUGCAAAAGAGUACUGCAUCAGACACCUUCAGAAAGGCGGAGGGUAUCGUAUUUUGGCUGACAUAUACGGUGGUCUGGGAUCCCUCGCGACGGAGUCAAAUCAGUUUCAGCGCGCAUAUGAGGACUUCAAUCAGGAAUGGGAGUGUUUGAAACUUGCUUUCGAAGCUGCUGAACUAACCCGGCCCAGCAUUUGGGAGGUUUUUGGCCUAGGCCGAGUAGGCAACGGAUUGCAGGGUCUUCAUCGGUACACAGAAGCGGAGGAGUACUACAGAAUGGCAUUGGAAGCAUGGGAAGGACUUCCUGGGGAUCGUAAGGUGUGGGUGAGCAACAUGUGUACAUGUUUGUGGUUGCAAGGUAAACUUGACGAAGGGGAGAAGACGAUAAAGGCAGUAAUCAAGGACGAGAAUGACGCCACCAAUUUCCGUACCGGGUUGGCUAUGAAUUGCUUGGGUAAUAUACAAAUUUCUCAGGCUGAGCGACUUAAGCAAGAAGGCAAGACUGAAGAAGGGGAGGUGAAGUUGGCAGAGGCGAUGGCGACACAUUCCAAAGUUCUGCGACUCUUCACAAUUGCACUCGGGCAGAGACACCAUAAAACUGCCGAUAUUAUGUACAAGGUUGGCUGGCAUCUACAUCAGCGGCAAGAAUAUCAGAAAGCCUUGGAUAUGCUCAACAAUGCUUUGGGAGUUUACGCCAGCCAACCCAAAAUCUUUAAGAAUGAAAUAGCGCGGACCAAGUACAAGCUAGGCUGCUUGCAGCAGGACAUGGGAGAACACAUCGAAGGGGGCGCUCUUAUUAGAGAGGCUGAGCGUCUUCGGAAGGAGAUAGUUGCACCAGAAGACUGGGAACCUGCCCAGGGAGAGAAAGCUUUCGAUGACAUUGUUCAAUUUUGGACACGCUGA